AUUCAAUGCAAUGUUGUUUACUUGCAAUCUGUAUUUAUCCGUCAAUUCUAUCAACUAUCAGUGUAGAUAGAUUUUCUCUGAUCUCAAGCAGAUGCGUAUUCUGAUUCUGUCAUUAAAAGUUAUGUCGUUAGAUCAAACAGUAUGCGAAGAUAAACAAUCUGUCACCAGCACCAGUGUAUAUCACUUAUCUUCGAUUAACGACUCUUGUCAUUUUUGACCAUUGUUCCGAAUUGAAGUUCAAGAGACGAUUCAGUCAAGUUCAAUUGGCGUUAAUGACAUUCGAUUUAAAUGAUUGAAAUAAAUGACUCGUCGGUUUUGAGGUGUACUACUGUUAUCUUUGAAGCUGAACUGCUUCUCACACUUUCAGAUCUGAAAGCUUUCGAAAGACGACUUACUGAAGUUAUCGCCAGCCUACAACCAGCUACUACGCGAUGGAGAAUGUUAUUAGGUUUAAUGUCUAUUUGCACUGCUAUUGGUGCUUGGCAUUGGUUGACAGAUCCCAACACGUCAGCAGUGUCCUUCACGCAGAGUUUAUACAACCAUCCAUUCUUCACAAUGGCUAGUAUAAUAUUAGUGAUACUGUUUAUGAUGGGAGUACAUAGACGGGUAAUAGCACCCAGUAUUAUAACUCAGCGGGCCAGAAGUGUACUUGGUGAUUUCAACAUGAGUUGUGAUGACACUGGAAAAUUGAUCUUGAAGCCUACGAGACCUCAUCCUCAUGAGACUUAGAAUGUUUGCAGCAAUAAUAAUUAUGAAUAUCAA